AUGGAUGGAGGUUUGGCAUUAAACAUCAUGCCUAAAUCCACGAUGAUGAAGUUAGGCAUCACCAUGGACGAAUUGUCUCGCAGUCGUCUCAUGAUUCAAGGCUUCAACCAAGGAGGACAAAGAGUCAUGGGCAUGAUCAGAAUUGAGCUCGUGAUAGGUGAUUCAAAGUCAAACACCCUAUUUCUCGUGAUUGAUGCUAAGACUUACUACAAUCUUCUCUUAAGAAGGCCAUGGGUGCAUGAAAGUAGGAUAGUGCCUUCAACCUCACAUCAAUGUUUCAAAUUUUACAGAGGUGGAGUAAAGAAAAUCUUGGAUGACGUCAAACCAUUUACUGAAGCCGAGUCGUACUUUGCUGACACCAAGUUUUACAUGGAUGAAGACAUGGUAUCUGAAGUUAUUCCCGUUGAGGUUCACUCGACAGGAAAGGCCAUACCAAGAAGAGAUGAGCAUUCAAAGUGCCUUUCCCCUGAAGAGAAUGGCGAGUCAAAAAGCACUUUGUCUGGACAAUGGGAUCAUCACUGA